AUGAAACAUGAUAAGAACGACUCAAUAAUGGAUAUAAUGUUCAAUAUUCAAUAUAUCAAGUAUGAGAUCAUCAUGGGCAAGCACUGGAUGUCAAUUGGAAACUAUGGCAAGGCACUCAAGACCUUUCAAAUGGUCAUCAGACAUUACAAUGACCUCACAGAGGAACAGUUUGAAUAUCAAUCAUCCAUUGCCAAGACGAUGAAACUGCGCACAUACCAUGACUUACUCAAAUGGCUGUACAACAUCAACACUCACAAGACCUAUGUCUUGGCCUCAAUCAUGAUCAUUAAGUUAUGCAUAUUGUUGGCAACUUCAACUCCAACACCAACUCUGUCCAAGCCAAAGGAUGAUGCUGUUGUGAUGGUACAAGAAGAGUCGACCGAGACUACAUCCACACCAUCAAAGCGAUCGAGGAAGAGGAAAGGAAUUGAAGAGGUGGUGGAGUAUGACGCGGAUGGCAAUGUCACACAGGUGGAUGACGAUCCAAAUGGUGACAAGAUGCUGGCGGCCAUAAGUACCGAUACUUUGGCAUUAUCCAUGGCGUCCACGAUCAUGGACAAGUUGUUGAGCUGUCCAUCUGGCGCCGCCAGCAUCGAAGUACAUCUAACAGCAUGUGAGCUAUACAUGGAGAAGAUUCACUCAUCCAUUCCAGAGAAAUACUUGUUGGUAUUACGAUCAUUGUUGGCACUCAAAGAUCAUCAUGGUCUGGCGGAGAAGGGUCAUCCACUCUAUCAUAAGAACCUUGUAAUGAUGUAUUGUACAGUGGACAAGAGCACGGAUAUCAUUCAAGCAACAAGACUGGUGUUGGAGAAUCAUAGAAAUGUACUCCUGGACAAAUGCACAUCUUUGAAGGAUACCGCCAUUACUUUGUCGUAUACUUCUGAAGUCGAGAGGAUACAGUUUAUUACUGCUGCUGUAGCUGAGCUGCUGCUGCAUGUGUGA